AUGGUGUUCAGUUUGCAUCAAUUCCUCUUCACCAUGUAUGGCCUGCCGGCCGAGACCCACCGCCGGAAACCUGAAGACGAGCGAAAGACCCACCGCCGAGCACUCGCCACGAACGAGGCGUUGCGUUUGAAUGAUGCUCUCUUUGCUGAUCAUGAUGCGAGAUUGGCAAACGCUUCUUUUUUGCCACCUCCUGGCCUAGCUCCUCCAGGUCUGAGCUUGAUGCCUCGCAAGACCCCUUCGGUGAUCUCGGAUGAGCUCUCCACUCAGCUUCGAGAUGACGGGAGCUAUGCGUCCUUCGUGGAUUCCCAGUCCCAGAUCUCCUAUUCCGCAUCACAAGUCUCCUUCUCCUCACGCGUGUCGGAAGACCUCCGCACAUUGGCUUCCAUGGGCCUUUGCGAAUGCAAGCUCUUGGAAGAUGACCUUCGUCAUUUCAGUGCUGUGUUGCUGAGCCGAAUGUCUUCAGCUUGCGUUGCUUUACGAAAAGUUGACGAGGAGUUGGCUGUGGCAGAUGAACAGACGGUGCCCAUGAUCGAGGAGCUCGUGACUUCCGCGGAGUCGCUGGCCAACGAGUUGGUCUUCGUGAGCCAGGAGAUGCUGCCAGCCUUGGUGAGCGACCCUUUGGGAGCAUUGGGCUUGGCAGGAUAUCAGGCAGCACAAGAUAAGCGUGAAAUCUUUAGCGAGCUUGGUCGCAUCAGGAAGCGAGCCAGCAAGCUUCGUGCGGAGUAUCUUCAAGUCCUUGAGCGCAUUCGUUACGUGGCCAAGUGUGUGGAGGCCGUGUGGGGCAACAGCUUGGACAUGGUCGCGCCCGCCGAGGAGUCCAACAAUCUGGAGAUCGGCCUGAACUGUUUGAAUGAUGCAGCCGAUGGAAUGGAAGAUUGUUCAGACUUCUGGAUUAUGAUCCUCAGACUUCCUACUUCUUACACGAAUUUCUCAGGAUUUGGGCUACACAACACCGAGCUGCAGCUUCCAGAAAUUCGAGAGGGAAGACGCAAGAAGUAG